GCGCUCGAGUUACCUGUGAAACUUUUCAGAACAGACCGUCACAGUUUAACGUUUUUUCUUUUAUCGGUUUGUCGCGUUUUUACAGGAAUAUUAUUUUAUUUCAUAUGAAAUUUUAGAUGAGUAUAUUAAAUACCUGGUUGUCUGUUGAAAAACCAGAAUGUACCGGUUCCCAAGGAAAGUUCAAAAUAUCUUUGCAAUUUUAAUUACACUGCUUUACAUAUCAACUGGGCAGAGUCAAGGUACUUCAUUUUGCACACUGAAUGAAAAUGCCUCAAAAUGCUACUCUGUUUUCACCCAAGUAACUUCAUGGAAUGAUGCUGUGAACAUGUGCCGAGAGUACAACAAGCAACUUCUCUGUACUCGUUCAAUAGAAAGUGCAAGGGUCAUGAUCAACAUUUCGAAAAUCUAUCCGACCAAUAACAGGAUUUGGAUUCUGAACAUGGAUUGCGCAGGUGAACCUAAAGAAUGCCUAACCUUCAAAUUUGGACCAAAAGGAGGCGAAUAUAUGGUUUCAUGCAAGGAACCUGCUCCUUUCAUUUGUCAAGAUAAGGACUCAACCACUACGAAAUUUUCGGAGAUUUUUACCAAGCCUCCUGUUUUCUGUGAAGCUAUAACCAGUGGAAAUUUACACUGGCCAAAGGAAGAAGUUGCUAAAUGCACUAAACAGUCUUGUCCAGAACCAGCAAAAGGAACAGCUAGGUGGUGCUGUGGUGACCAGAGUGGACAGCGUACUACAAAAUAUCCGGAUUUCAGUGAUUGUAAAACCGUCGAAAUAAGCCGGAUUUGGAACAAG